GCGGGGCGGGGCGGCGGCGCUGCCCGUGGCCAGCCCGUGGCGGCAGGGCCGCGCCGGGCCACCCAUUAAACGCCGCCGGGGCGGCUGUGGCGGCAGGCGGCGAUGGCGCUGACGGCGGGGAGGCAGCGGCAGGACCUGGACAACGGUUCCUUGGAAAUAACACAGAGUUUGGAAGAUGAUCCUCUACUGGAUGCACCGCUCAUUUCUUCUCAUACAUUGCAUUCCCAGCUGAGGCCAAGAUUUCAUGCCAUCCCAGCAGUUCUCCUUGCCAAUUUCCUGUUGCUAAUACAUGUUGCUUUUGUUGUUCUAGCAUUUUUAGCAGCUAUGUUUUGUUCUUACCCCAAUCCAAACCAAGAUAAGUGCCCUGGAAACUACACUCACCCACUUAAAGUGCAGACUGUCAUAAUAAUUGCAAAAGUAGUCCUGUGGGUUCUGCAUGUCUUGUUUGAACGAUAUGUCCAGCACCACCACGGCAGAGUCAGAAGAGGAGGUUACUUCUCCAUUUAUCGAUCAACAAGGCAUCUGAAAAGGCUUCCACUGCUCAUACAUGCCACAGGUAAUACAGCCCUGCUCUUGAUUCUGUCUGUGCAGCAUUCCUUUCCUGAUCACAGCAAAGUGUACCUGUAUCUUAUCCUGGGAGUCCUGAGUCUGGAGAUGAUUAGUUCCCUGACAUGCCUAGUGAUUUACACAGUGAAAAUAAGCAACUUCAAUCGUGCCAAACCAAGACCUGAUAUAAUUGAAGAAGAAAAGAUGUAUGCCUACCCUACUCACAUUACCUCAGAAGUUGGAUUCAGGGAAAAUUCCAGUUUAGAAGAGAUAGUUGAGAAGCAAGGAGAUGUAAUAGAGUAUCUUCAGCGACACAAUGCACUGCUCAGCAAGAGACUGUUGGCGUUAACAUCUCAGCAAAUCAAAACUUAACAGCAUUUGGAAAACUACUGGAGCUCUAGAGGGGAGCAUGAAGUAAUGUAAUAUCCAGACUGAUUUGUACAGAUGUGACUCUUCAAUCAUCUUUCACGUUUUGAAAUAGAAGUUUAAGCUGGAAGGAUAAGCUCUGCAUACACUGUAAACCUAUUACAACUGGACACUCUGGCUCUCUUCAAAUCAUCAGUUCUGGAAAAAAGUUCUGCAGUUUCAAGGAUUUUUAAUUCCUCAUACGUUAAAGUUGGACCUGAGUUAAUGGUUUAACUUUGCCCAAUUGUUGCUAUUAUUUUGUACUGCUGUGUAACCUUUAAGCUUUAGGCUACCAAAGUAUUUUAUAUUUCUGGAAUACAAAUUUGUUCUUUAGCAAAAUCUGACUUUCCAAGGGAUGUAUAUGCAGUUCCUAUUGCUGAAGCUGAGACUAGAUGUGUUCUGUCACUGAUUCCCUUUAUUUCCAGUUAUAGAGGUGGUGUACUUCAGUUAUCCGAUACAGAUACUUGAUUUCUAGAUGUCUCCUUUUCUCCUUUGUCACAUAAGUGGAGAAAUUUGGCAUCUAAUUUAGGAUUAUAAAAAAGUAGUGGAUGCUCUAAAACUGUAAAUCUCACAUACAAGUUUGUGGUACAAAAACUAUGCCAUGAUAAGCAAUUGUUCAGAAUUCUGGCUUUAAAACUCUUAAGAGGGAUCCUCAGGGCUGAUGACUACCCCAUUACUAGGAGUUUGUGUUAGUAACAAGACUCCUGCUCUGCCAACUGAACUAACAAAGCAAAAAUACUUGAGCAUAACCUUUUCCAUUGAUCUGGUAACUAACUUCUGUUGGAUGCUUUUAAAGCUGCUGUCAAAAAUGCCUGUUACAUACUUGCUCUUCACUUUGGCCCUUCAAAAAAGUCAGCAUCUUGAUUCAAAGCUGAAAAUGGUGUAUGUGGGGAAGUGGAAAACAGCAAAAGACAGAAAGCUCUUUUAGAAAUUGAAGAAACAAGAAUUCUUGAUUUUAAUUUAUGGUGAAUUAAGGCUAGUGAAAGAAACAUUUUGUUCUGGGUACUAUUUUGUCUACCAGUGUAGACAAAGAAUUAUUUUAGAAGCCAACACCUCUGUGGGGAUAGGGUAAUCACAAAUCAAAACUGGGAAGAAGACUCUCAAGGAGAGUGGUCUUGUAGUUGAAUAUAAGAAAGGAAAAUUAAUUCAUCCUACUUUGGUGUUGGGCACAACUUGAAGUACCUAGACAGUUUAGUGUGCAACAACUAUGGGGGUUGUCUCAUUCCAAGGAAAGCAAUAAAUAUUGGAGGUUUUGCUGCUAUCGAACACUAGACUGUUCUCCUUAACUGUUGUUUCUUGAAAAUGCAGCCAGAAUUUUAUAGUAUACAUGUAAGAAAUAAAGUUAUUUGUUUUUAGAACUCAGGUUUUGAUGUGAUUGUGUAUGUCAAUUUAUAUCAUUUCUAUGAAAAGCAGUAAAAUGUGACUGUGAAGUUCAUGCACAAUAAAUGCAACCAAGGAA